AUGUCUAAGAUAAAGAACCCCCGGACUUUUGAGGAGCAAACAGAAUGUGUUAUGAAUGGCCUGCUUGAAGACCUUUUGACCCCACCUCAGGUGGCUAACCGGAACCUCCUGGAUGAUGAGGAACCAUAUUCAGGAGAGGAUUUCUCUUUUGAUGUGUCUAUUAUUGUUGACCGCCUUCGAAUGCUGGGUGACCAGUUCAAUGGAGAACUGGAAGCUUCUGCCAAUAACGUCAUUGCGGAAACCACUCGAGGACAGGCAGGAACGAUAUUUGAGGACACAGUGCAGUCUCUCAGCACGGCCUGGUGUGCUCAGAACUCCACCCUCGCAUUUGAAAGAGCCUUUCUGGCAGUGUCUGUGAAACUUCUUGAAUAUGUGGUCCAGAAGGCUCCUGAAAUGGCAAGAAGGAUGGCUAUCUGCAUGACGGACAUGAUCAACGGGAACACAGCCAUCCGAGAGUUCAUCCUGGGGCAGGGUGGAUGGGAAAACCUGGAGAGCUGA